UCCUCCUCCUCAUCCUCUUCUUCCUCCUCCUCAUCUCCCUCCUCCUCAUCCUCUUCUUCCUCCUCCUCCUCUCCCUCCUCCUCAUCCUCUUCUUCUUCCUCCUCAUCCUCUUCUUCCUACUCUUCCUCUCCCUCCUCCUCAUCCUCUUCUUGCUCCUCCUCCUCCUCCUCACCCUCUUCUUCCUCCUCCUCAUCCUCUUCUUCCUCCUCCUCAUCUCCCUCCUCCUCAUCCUCUUCUUCCUCCUCCUCCUCUCCCUCCUCAUCAUCCUCUUCUUCUUCCUCCUCAUACUCUUCUUCCUACUCUUCCUCUCCCUCCUCUUCAUCCUCUUCUUCCUCCUUCUCAUCCUCUUCCUCCUCAUCCUUUUCUUCCUCCUCCUCCUCUCCCUCCUCCUCAUCCUCUUCUUCCUCCUCCUCAUCUUCUUCUUCUUCCUCCUCAUCCUCUUCUUCCUACUCUUCCUCUCCCUCCUCCUCAUCCUCUUCUUCCUCCUUCUCAUCCUCUUCUUCUUCCUCCUCAUCCUUUUCUUCCUCCUCCUCCUCCUCCUCUCCCUCCUCCUCAUCCUCUUCCUCCUCAUCCUCUCCCUCCUCCUCAUCCUCUUCUUCCUCCUCCUCAUCCUCUUCUUCCUCCUCCUCAUCCUCUUCUUCCUCCUCAUCCUCUUAUUCCUCCUUCUCGUCCUCUUCUUCUUCCUCCUCAUCCUCUUCUUCCUCCUCCUCCUCUCCCUCCUCCUCACCCUCUUCUUCCUCCUCCUCAUCCUCUUCUUCCUCCUCCUCAUCUCCCUCCUCCUCACCCUCUUCUUCCUCCUCCUCAUCCUCUUCUUCCUCCUCCUCAUCUCCCUCCUCCUCAUCCUCUUCUUCCUCCUCCUCCUCUCCCUCCUCCUCAUCCUCUUCUUCUUCCUCCUCAUCCUCUUCUUCCUACUCUUCCUCUCCCUCCUCCUCAUCCUCUUCUUGCUCCUCCUCC